GAGUGGACCAACGGCACAGUCUACACCGUGCGGUCUUCGCGUAAAGAAGACGAGCGCUUCGCCUGGGAAUUCAAGCUCUCUUUAUGGAGGCAACCUGCAUUUGAGGCGUACUUGGACAGCUUUGGUUUACCGAGCCAGUCUGGCCGUCCCGACUACGAACCCGACGCUCGCUUCGGUCCAUGGGUGACGACGGGUGCUCUCUGUCCACCUGGCGCUCAAAGCUACGCAUCUUGGUCCACGCUCAUACUGGAAGUUGGGCUAUCUCGAGGCUGGGGGCACGACAAGGGGUUGCUCGACUGGAAGGCUCGGCACUGGGCCAGGAUGCCAGGAGUGCGGUUCAUCCUGUGCGUCGCGGUCACGGAGCGCUUCACGAGCAUCGAGUGCAAGCUGCAUACGGUGGAGCGAGACCCUAUAACGAACCGAGCGCGUCGACUUCCCGAUCUCAACCCUGUACCUGUGGUUGAGCCCCAUACAAUGCUGUCGUUCGACUCGCGCGAGCUGCUGGGUCUACCCGCUGGAGCUGACAUCCCCCCAAUUGAAGGCCAGCAGUUCCCGGAUCCGACCAUUGACGUUGAUCUCUACAAGAUUCUUGAACGUCUCCGUAGGUAG